AUGAAUAUGUUGGAUGAUGAAGAAGACCAAAGCUUUCACGCUACGCGUGACGGCUACUCCCAUUUGAGCGAUGUCGAAUGGGAUGCGGUUGAACGAAUGGGUUCGACCAUGGGCAUCCAUGCUGUUAGCGUCAUGCUAGAGGCUCUCAAUAGAGAUGCCCAACAUGCUACUAUCGCCAAGUUCAUUCAAAAUGAACUUGACGCAGAACGCGAGAAAGUAGCCUUGCUUCACCAACAAGGUUCUCAACAAGCAGAGUUGUUGAGAGAACAAGGUGCUCAACAGUUUGAACUGUUGAGACAGCAGCAGGCUGCUGCUGGCGGGUCGAUGCACUCGCGUCGGCCCGAGACUUUGAAGAUUGACAUCUCCAAGGCGCGUCGCAUCGACGACGGGGAUAUGCAAGUUGCAUUUGCCCAGUCAAAUCUGGCAGGACGUGCCAAGACUUGGGCACUGGGGCUCAAGCUGCACGACCCAUACGCGUUUGGGUCGUUGGAAGUCUUCAAGUCGCGGCUCAGACAAACGUUUGAACCGCCUAGAGCUGAGUUCAGAGCUCGAACCGAACUCUUGAAGCUCAAGCAGGGUAAGCGUGAUGUGCACGCUUACGCUCAACAUAUACGACAUCUCACGAGUUGUAUAAGUUCCAAUCCGGUGGAUGAACACACGUUGGUUUCGGUGUUCAUGCAGGGUCUUGCGGAUGGUCCCGUCAAGACUCACCUGUUCCGGCUUGAACUAGAUUCACUAGAACAAGCCAUUUCAAUUGCGGAGCAGGAAGACUUCAGUCUGAGACAGGCUCGCGCCAGCUCGACAUCAUAUCGUCAACCGAGACGAUAUGACAACGGAGGUCCAGAGCCGAUGGAACUCUGUUAUGUAGAGAGCGAGAAGGCUCGCUCUACAGGCUACAAGAAGUUGCAGAGAUGCAACAGAUGUCAAAAGACAGGACACUACGCUUACGAGUGUAGUGCCCCUCGUCCAGUGUCUCGCGACACUGGGCGUAGUGACCGUCCACCCAUGAGAAAGGGGCAGGGACGAGGGUCCGCAGUUGGUGCAAAGACGCAACAACGGGAUGGACCGUCAAAAACCGGACAGGAUCAGUAG